AUGUGUGGUAUUUGUUGUGUUGUUACCUUGUGUAGCCAGCACACUAUUCAUGAUUUCUUGAACAAAGACUUACUCUACCUUCUUAGAAGAAGAGGACCGGAUAGUAGCCAACAGUUGAUAAAAACUGCGUCUGAUCUCUCUUAUGAAUGUCUGUUUUCUGGCCAUGUACUUCACUUGAGGGGGCUGGCGACCCCUCAGCCUUUGGAAGAUGCCAAUAGCAAUAUUUUUCUUUGGAAUGGAGAGAUUUUCAGUGGAGUGCCUGUAGGAGAUCUAGAGAAUGAUACUGAAGUAAUGUUUCGUCAUCUUACAUUAUGCAGUAGUGAAGCAGACAUUUUGUCACUCUUUUCAUCACUUCGGGGUCCAUGGUCUUUUAUUUAUUAUCAAGCCUCUAGACACAGUGUAUGGUUUGGUAGAGAUUAUUUUGGUCGUCGUAGUUUGCUUUGGCAAUUCAGUAAUGAGGUUGACAGUGCUUUCUGUCUCACAUCCGUAAGAUUUUAUUCCAAAUCAAGUAACCAAUGGCAAGAAGUCCCAGCAUGUGGAAUUUUCAAAAUUGAUCUCAAAGCUUGUGCAGCAACUAAGUCUUUGUCUUUAACAUUGUUUCCAUGGAAGUACAGCUGCACAGAGAAAGCAGCAGAAGACAUUUUCAUUAACGUUCUGGACCAAGUUUCGAAAGACUUCCCAAAACACAUAACUCUCGUGAUGAAUGAAUCAAAUCUAUGUCUCAAAGCUCCAGUUAUCCCCUUAAAUAAAACCAUUUCUGAAGCUUCAGAUGAAUGUCCAGGCACUAAUAUUAGCAAAAUUUCCCAUAUGGUUUCUGUAGAAACUCUUCAAGGGUUUCUUGCAGAGGAACAUAAGAAAAAAAUAGUCCAUAGGUUGAUUGACAUUUUAGGUGAAGCAGUGAAGAAACGAGUUUUAUGUCUCUUUAGAGAUGAAGAUCAGAAAACAAGAGAAGUUCCAAGCAUGACCAAUAGGAAAGCAUAUGUAGCAGUGCUGUUUUCUGGUGGCAUUGAUUCUAUGGUAAUCGCAGCUCUUGCUGACAGACAUGUGCCGUUAGGGGAACCAAUUGAUCUUCUCAAUGUAGCUUUCAUGAUAGAAGAACAAGCUAAGCAAAAGGGUGCCAGUAAAAAACAAGCCAACUGGGAAGUACAGCCUGAUUUACUUUGUCCUCGAGAAAGUUGUAAAGAUCUUGAUACUAAAACUGGUGCUCAUUUAUCUUGUGCUGUUCCAGACAGAAUUACUGGUAGGGCAGGACUGAAAGAAUUGGAAGCCAUUAACCCUUCAAGAACCUGGAAUUUUGUGGAAAUUAAUGUUACGCUAGAGGAAUUGAAAAAAAUGAGACAACAAUGCAUUAAUCACUUAAUUUAUCCACUGGAUACAGUCUUGGAUGACAGCAUUGGCUGUGCAAUUUGGUUUGCUUCCAGAGGAGAAGGUUUUAUUAAUAACCAAGGAGAACUGACACCAUAUAAGAGCCCUGCAAAGGUUGUGCUUACAGGAAUUGGAGCAGAUGAACAGCUGGCUGGGUAUUCUCGUCAUCGUGUUUGCUUCAGAAAAUAUGGCUUAGAGGGUCUGAAUAAAGAAAUUGAAGUGGAGUUAGAUCGUAUUUCUUCUAGAAAUCUUGGUAGAGAUGACAGGAUUAUUGGUGAUCACGGAAAAGAAGCCAGGUUUCCUUUUCUCGACGAAGAUGUUGUUUCAUUCCUCAAUUCUCUGCCCAUCUCAGAAAAAGCUGACUUGUCUUUACCACGAGGAAUUGGUGAGAAAUUGAUUCUGCGCCUUGCAGCAAAAGAAUUGGGCCUUACAGCCUCAACCAUUUUGCCAAAAAGGGCUGUACAGUUUGGGUCCAGGAUUGCAAAACUAGAGAGUAACAGUGAAAAAGCAUCUGACACAUGCAGCAGACUGAAGUUGUUUUCAGUAGAAAACUUAUAAAGCUACAUCUUGAGAUAUUGUAUUUAUUCUAUAUGCAGAUUCAGUAAAUCUUUGGAGUUUUGUUAGAAUGUUUGGUCUGUUUUUUUACGUACUCGGACAUUAUUAUUGAACAUCAAAGUAAUACAUGUAGAUGUGUACUUGUACUAGAGACUCGCUGUGAAUGCAUCCUCAGGGGGGAAGGGAGUAAUGGGUGCUGGGGAAGAGAGGAUAGCCAGGGGUUGGCUUUCCCACCUGUCGUAACCAAUGUCGGCAUCACAAAAAGUGUAUUGAAUUUGUCCAAUCUGUCACAUAUAUUGAAUUCAGUACAGUCGAUUUUUCUCUGUUGUAGAACAGGGCCGGUCUUGCAGGGAAGCUGCUAGCACCGAAUGCUGCUGCUUGUUAGUGUCUUCCCUGGUAGCGCUUUCACUGCAAACUGCAAAGCAUGAAUAGAAUAAUGUUUUAGUAUUGAUUGGUUACCUUUCACUCGACUGCCCACAGUAAAGAUCAUCUACAAAAUUGGAAGAGAAUGAUUGUUGGAGAAUGGCUCGAAGAACAAGGACAUGGCUCUUUAAAAAUGCUACAUUCAAGUAAGGCAUAGGCCUGCAUAAUAGACCGAAUGGACGAGUACCGAGAAGCUGCACAAUCAUGUUGAUAGCACGAACUGGCAAGGACACUGUGACCUUGACUAGUUUCAUAAAUAACCUUAGGGAACUAGCUGUAGAAAGAAUGAGAAACUAGCUUAAGCUGAAACCGCAAGUAGGAGGAUACAUGUAAAUACCUAACCCUUAGGCUUCGCCAAUCAGACUAGGACUAGUAGGCAUAAUUAACUCGUGCUGUAUAUAACUGAGCUAUCUGAAGGCAAUAAACAGAGCCUGCUUAUAACUCA